AUGAGUGAUUCAGACGAUCAAGAGGAGAGAGAUAACUUGGCCGCGAGAGAGAUCGCGCUGGCCGAGCAGCACGAAGAUCCCCGGAUCCGAAUGCCGCGCACGAUCGCGCCAAUGAUGAAUGCCGAGAUGGAGCGCGACACAAUGAAGAAUGCAGGAGGUGCGCCCAAGGAGUACUUAAAGUGCAAACUUUUCUCUUUCACUUUGACAGGGAAGGCUUUGCGCUGGGUGAAGUCUCUUCCAGCUCAAUCCAUAACCACAUGGAAAGAGUACAAGGUGGCAUUCUUAGGUCACUUUUUCACAAAGCAAAGAGCAAACUUGUUGAGAGAAAAGAUCUCUAGUUUCCAACAAGGGCCGGUGGAGCCUUUUCAUGAAGCAUUGGAGCGCUUUAAGGACUACACAAGGGAAUGUCCUAAUCAUGGGCUAUCUGAUGGCAGUCUAUGGAACAUUUUCUACAGAGGAAUAACCUCAAGCGACAGUGACAACUUCAUUGGGCAUGAGAGAGCAGUGAAGGCCAUAAAUUCUGAUCCAUACAGAGAUGGAUAUAGUGAGAUCAAAGCCAUGAUGGCUGAGAUACUGAGAAACCAAGGAAGAGAAGUGGAGAGACAAAGAGAAGCUUAUAGAGUUGAAUCCACAAUAAUUCAAGACUACUUUGGAGAUUUGAUUCCAAGCUUUCAAGAAGAAGUAAACUUUGUUGGAAUAGAUGGAUUGACACGUGGAGAAGAAGCUUGGAAAGGGGAGCAUGAUGUUUUUACAACCAAGAUCACCCAAUGA